AUGCAGCACGCACGGCAGCAGCGACAGCAGCAACGACAGCAGCAGCAGCAGCAGCAGCAGCAACGCGUCUCUGGCUCUCACGGAGGCAUCAACGACACUCCAGGCAACAGCAGCAACAGCAGCAGCAGCAGCAGCAGCAGCAGCCAGCAGCAGCAGCAGCAGCAGCAGCAGCAGGGCAUUGCUGCAGCAGCAAAAGAUAAUACUGAAGCUGAACACUGUCUCCUCUGGCUGGAGUACCGCCUGCCGCAGCAGCUAUUCGCAGACCCAGACCAAACAUAUGAGUUGGGGGCCCCCGACAUACACGGCAAGACUCUCAUAGGGGCCCCCUCAGGGGCCCCUGGGGGGGCCCCUGGGGGGGCCCCUGAGGGCCCCUUGCUGCUUCAACCCACCACCCUAUUUAACCCCUCGUGCCCUGGGGGCCCCCAGGGGGGCCCCCAGGGGGGCCCCCAGGGGGGCCCCCUUGGGGGCCGUUGCACGCAGGGCCCCGUGAUGGUGGAUGUGGAGCAGCCGAGUUACUCAGCUAAGCUGGGGCCCCCUCCUGUGCUGCGUCAGGAGGUGUAUGUACACCCCAAGUGGGUGGGGGGGGCCCCCGGCAGCAGCCGCGAGGUGAUGGUGCAGCUGCCUGUACACCUGAGAUAUGGGGCCCCCUGCAGCAGCAGCUGCAGCGGCCUGCAACCUGCUGAUGCUGCAGCACCGCUUGUGGGGUUGAACUGUCGUGGGCGCGAGCAGCAGCAGCUAACUGCCACUGCUGCAGCACCAGCAGCAGCAGCAACAGCAGCAACAGCAGCAGCAGCAGCAGCAGCAGCAGCAGCAGGAAAGGGCCGCGUGGCGUUCUUUGUGCCUGUCGGUCAGACAGAGCACUUUGCUGCUGCUGCUGCUGCAUCCGCAGCUACGAUUGCUAUCAACAUCCUCGCUGUUGCCUGGGCGCUGGCUGCCUGA